AAUCUCUUAUCCUACACAUAGCUGUAUACAGGGAUCUCUAACACUCUUUGCUAACAUCGUACCAACCAUCAUGUCCAACAACGUGCCCCACGACCAGUACCUCGCGCAGCAGGCGCAGUUGUACAACUCCGCACCGGCGUACCAGGCGUACGGUAGCGGCCUUAUUGCCAGCGAGACCUUGAGGCAGGGCUCCCAGAACGACGUGCACCUCGGCAACAAUCUCGCAAACAUCCUGAUGGGCGACGGAAUGCACCUUCCGCUCGCGACCGCAGCGGUGUCGGCGUCCGCUCGCGCGAGCAAUAAUCAGCCGCCAAACCAGCAGUUGAUCGAGCCAGCCACCAGCCAGCCAACGUUGAAGUCGUCGUACAAGCCGAAUCAGGUGAUUGCGCAGUUCCCGGAGAAGGAGCAGUUGAAGGCAUUUGUGAAGAACACGUUGUCCGGGAUGGAGAAGUGCAACGUGGUGAUCAACUCGUCCAAGUCGUACGCCAUUUACUUCACGUGCGACAAGUUUGGCAACUAUCGUACCACCGUCAAGGGCGACCGUAAACGCAACGGGUUCUCCAAGCGUGUCAAGUGUCCGUACCGCUUGGUAGCGAACUACAAGAACGACCUCUGGAUUUUAAAGAUGGUCAAUGGCGAGCACAACCACGGGAUGAUCGACCGCAGCAAGAACUCCAAGCGCGGCGCCCGCAACAAGGAGCCGAUUCAGGAGGCAAAGGUGAUGAACAAGCUCAUGGGCUCCGACAUGGACACCAUUCUCCAGCAGCAGCAGUUGCAGCACCAUCACCACCAACAGCAGCAACAGCAGUACCAGCAGCAGCAGCAGCAGCAGUACCAACAGACGUUGAAUGAGUUUAACAACUUGGCGCAAGGCUCGCUUCGUAUGGUGCAGGGCGUACAGGGGCAAAAUGCGUACCUGCAAAACGCGACAGCUGACAGCGCCAACAUUUUCACCAGCGGAAACGCGGGGAACAACUCGAUCUCAACGCUUUUGAGCGCCGCGCGUGAGGAGGCACACGGUGAGAGCGCGCGGCCGCUUGACCAGCACAACUAUAUCGACACACAGUUGCAGCAACAGUCGGGGAUGUUUAAAAAGGAAUAGGCGUGA